AUGCCGAUCAUGGAAGAGCCUCGCAGAAAGAUUACUUUAACCCCUGUGAACUCUGCGAAGCCGUACAGAUAUGAGGAUGUGCAGCGUUUGACAGAGCAAGACAAGUCAUGGUUCGAAAGAUUCGCAGCUUUCGGUAACUUGUACGAGAUUCAUGACCGGGUGAGGAUUUUGGCAAGUGCCCGACCAAUAUUACAAACCGGUAUCGAGGAGUACGUAGACGUGCGAGUAAGCCGCCCAGCAUACCAAACUCUCGAGACCAUGGCUGCAUACGAAGGUUAUUUCGACACAUCGCAGAACUGUCCCGAUGUGAAAAGGUUGUUACAUGAAAUGGGCACAAACAAAGAUAAGUUCUGGAGUCGAUCAAGUCUAGGCAAAACGUUGACACUGUCAUCUCACUGCAUGGAAGAACAUGCAAAACUGAAGGAACAGUUGAAAGUUCUAAAUGAACAGUGCAUGCAGCUCAAGCAAAGACAAAGACAGCAUGAUAAAGAAGUGAAGGAGUUGAACGCGGCAAUCAAGAAACUGACAUCCAAAACCUCACUGGCCAAGUUUACCCGGAUACCUGGCUCGAAAGAAUCUGAGAUUAAAUUUGACAGUGCGGCUACGCUCACGAAUGAGCAAUUGAACAAAUUGGUGGAGGAGAUCAAACCAUACUUUGACCAGUUCAAGACGACUGCACAAGAUAUCUUGAAUAUUCAGGAAGGUUGCGAGGAGACAAGGGAUGAAUUGUUUUUCUGUGCACUGGCAUACAUGACAUAUACACGGCCCAAAGGGGUGAACGACUACAGCAUCACUUAA